AUGGCCUUACGAGAACUGCCGUCUUCUCUCAGACGGCUGGCAUUACGAGAUACACGACCAACCGCGGCAGUAGCAGGAAGAUCCUGGCGCAGAUAUACCUCCGCUGAAGCAGUAGCAGCUGCUCCACAGGAGGUGUCGGAAGAUUUUCAAGAUCUUGAAUCCAAUACAUCUAUGUUUACGGCAUUCUCCCCAGACGACGAGACCAAGGCCUAUGAUCCAAUAAAGAGGACCCAGGGACGAAGGAGGGAGCUUCCUCCCAGUAGAUAUCAAUACCGGUCUCCGAGAUACUAUCGAGGACCUCUCCAUCCUCACCAACCUCCUCCCAAAUCCGAUCCUUCAUCAAGAGAAUUCGUUCCGGGUCCAUUCUCCUAUACUCGACUCGAACAAACCUACCAAUCCACGAUUGCUCCGGAUCUGAUGACCUUGACCUAUGUCCACAAGCCCCCUGGGACUGUGACAGUACCCAAAGCAGACCGUUUACGAACUUGGGAUGACAGCUCCCCAUAUCAUAAAGGCAGACCGAAGCGUGGGCCUCGAGGACCAGGAGACACGCUGCGGUUAAUUGAGCAAGAUAUCAAUUGGCGAAACAUCCCCAAAAUCGAGGAGGUCACAGUGCACAGCUUUAUCAAAGGUGCACUAGAUGACUCGGCACAUCUCCACGUUGCGGGCAUGCUGUUACAAUCGGUCACUGGCGUACGGCCGACAAUCCACAAGGCGAAGCACACCGAAGGAAGAUGGGGACUUCGGAAAGGGUUGCCAGUCUCUCUCACCUGCAAUAUGCGAGGUGAACAGGCGUAUAAUUUUGUGGAUAAAUGUAUAAACCUGGUGUUCCCAAGGAUCAAAGAUUGGCCAGGUAUCGAGGGUAAGCAAUGGCUUCCUCGUGAGAUUGACAAAAUGCUAAUGCAGCAAGGAACGACUGGUGACAGCAGUGGAAACAUCAGCUGGGGUUUUAGCAGGGAGGGAGCUAUUCUGUUUCCAGAAGUAGAGAUCAACUACGACAUGUACCCACCAAAGUUGAUUCCUGGGUUUCACGUGACGGUGAAGACCACUGCCACUUCGGAUAGACACGCACGAAUGCUUCUCAGCGCUCUAGGCGUUCCAUUUUAUGGGAAACUGGUAGACUAA